AAAUCAAUUUCUGUCGUAGAUGUUUCCUGAUUCGGUUUUAACUGAGUUAUGACAAUUUAUGAACAUAUGUAUGUUGGUCAGAAUUUUGAGACGUUCAUAUUUACAUAGUUUCUUUGUAGGUUAAAAGUGAUUGUUGAGUUUUUGUAUGUGGUAGCCAUUCUUGGGAAGAAAUCCAGGCAUUUAUGAAUCAUUCGAGAGUUGAUUGAGGCUUUUGGUUCUAAAAUGACCAUUUACCUGAGUAGACUAUGAUUUAUAUCUCGGAGGGGAUGACAUGGCGUCAUGAUGUCUAAGACACUCCUUUCAUGGCUCUGUCAAUUGACAAAUGAACUCUGACUUACUCUCUCCUUUCCGGAUGACCUGAGCUGCUGAGAAGCUAAACCACGAACUUGGGACAGUGGCCCUUGUCUUCUGAACAGUAUUCACACCUAAGCUGGCUUGUCGUAGGCUGUUUCUGUCUUUGAUAUUUAUCACUUGUUAUGUAUGACGCCUUUUCUGUGUCUUUCGCAAUCAGGUCUGGCCCUUCUCAGAGGAGCAGCACCUGGAGGGCCCCAGCACAGUCUUCCUUUAGCCACUCCACUUCCUUAUGAGAAUAGCACUUGUAGAUAAUAUGUUGCUUGGAAUGAAUCUUACAAUUUAGACACGGACUCUGCUUUAUUUCUUUGGAUAUUAAUUGUAUGUCAUUAAGGUACUAGACAACGAAAACAAAAACUAUUGUUUUUCUUUCUCUCCUUUUUAGUUAAGAUAAGCAUGGCUACCUCAUAUUUGCAAAAUUUACUUUGGGGAAUUUGUUGUCACAUUGAUUGAGCUGUUACUAAAUGGCUUACGUGAGGAACCCAGAUCUUCAUUUACUUUUUCUCUGUUGUCUUAUAACACAUUUGGUAUGAGUCAGUCCAUCUAGAUUUGUUGCUUGCCCCCCAAGACUGCCCUGGGUUUAACCCAAAAACUGGCCAAGCAUGUUCUGAGGGGAUGUAGAAGAAUGUGGGUGGGAACAGCAAGGCUGCCUAUGGAAGCCAGCUAUUUGUUGCCUGUCGUGAGUUUCUAGUCAUUGGGUAGCACACAUGCAUGAGGAAGCAGACUCCCUUCACUCACUAAUACUUUGAACAGUUGGAUUCUUUCCCAGUGUUACAGUCUGGGUUUCCCAGUCCCUUUGGAACACAGAUGGAACGAGAAUUGGGUGAAGUCUUAAAAUCAUGACUCUAACUCAGGGCUAAUCGUUGCUAAUUUCUCUAGCAUGGGCACCGUCCUGUGCUGUCCAUUGUAGGGGAGCUUCGACAUUGGUUUCCAGUCAGUAGAUGCCAAUGGCACCUCCUUUCUGGUCGUGAUAGUUGAAAGUAUGCUCAGAUGUCCCAGAGAGAGAAACUGAGAACCACUGUUCUGGAGUGAAGAACAACCGUUUAUUUACUGAUUGUUUUUUUCUUUCUUUUUCUUUUCCCAUUUUAGUUCUAGCAUCUGGGACCACUGUUCAAAUAACAGUCUUCAAUACUCUGAGAGCAGGCCCUCACAGACAGCAUGAGGCCUGAAGGGGCUACUCAGGUAGUUCUGAGGAAAAUGUGAGUCUUAGGAAUCAGGGAGUUUUGGGUUAACUGUUUCUAAUUUGUUGUUUUGGAUACAGUUCAGAGAAAUUUGAAUGCUCCCCUUUCCACUUCUGUUUUGAACUAUUCAUUCUUGUUCUAGCUUAGAAGCACACAGCCCCCUAGUUGGAUUUUGACUGCAAAGUGCCUCUCCAUCUCUGGCCCAAAUCCUGGUAUCUAACAUUUGGCCCAAACUGGUUGCAGGCUGUGGCCUGUAGGAAACAGACAGGUUUGCCAACCCUAUCAUACUAAACCAUAGCUAUUUGAUGGUUAAACAGGGAUUUCCACAGUUUACUGCAGUGCACGUCAUUCUGAAUCCUGCCCAUGUUUUCUGAAUGCUGGGCUAUCUCCUGGGGGAGAGGGUCCGUGCUAACCAAGGAGGCCAGGUUUUCUUUCCUAAGCCUAGAGCAACAUGGUAUCAGAUGAGAACACCUCGAGAGUUCUUUUCAUUUCCACAGUCAUGUUUCAUGUUCACUUUCCCACUAAGUCAGAAAUCAUGAUUUUUUUUUUUUUUUUUUUUUGGAAACAGAUUUAUCAUGAGAAGGAACCAAACACCGUGAGCUAUCAGAGCAGCUUGUCCGUGCCUCUAAACCACCAGCCUCCUGUCUGUCAUUCAGUUGAAUCAGAGGACACUUGUCAGUCACCUGCUUAGGGUGUCCACAUUCCCUGGCUUGCAUGUUUGACUGAAUCAUAGGGUCUGUGAGCAGCAGCUAACCACAGAGUCCUGGAAGACGGACUCCUUUCCAAGCCUGUCUCUUUGCUUCAGGGAUAGUGAGAGAAGAACAGUUAGUAGCCCGGAUGAAAGCUUAAGGCCAUACGGUUUGCUUGAGAGGAAAAGUGAAUAUUCUCACUUGAUCUCUGCCAACUUCAUAUGGGCCCAGCUGCUGCACAGGGCAAACACACUAGUCCAGAGUUAGCUGUGCCCCUAGAAGUGUGUCACCACAGGCCACCGGCCAGCACAGAAAGGCAGGUUUCCCCCAUCCGCACAAAAGAGCUCUAUCCUCAAAGGAACUUUGUUUCUUGACCAGCUCACUAAUUGUGAUUGAAAACACCAGCUCCCCAGCAAUGCUCACGCAUCCCAGUUAGCAGAAACAAGACAGGCCCUAAUUGCUCCAUUUACAUAAAAGUAGAAACAUACAACUUCUAAAUAUAAAUCUCUGGCACAUCGCUCCUUUUGCAAUUACAGUAAAAUAAGGUACCAGUUUCCCUCCGGGUUCCUCCUCACAGCAAGCUGCUCCCCGGGUUCGCUAGUGGCUGCUCCUCCAGGCGAGCACAGGGCCAGCAUGGAGUUGGAGCUUUGUGAAGUAGCCAGUAAAUCAAAACGCCUCCGCUAGGUGCAGAGCGCAGUGGCAACGGGCCACUCUGCCAGUGCGGUAGUCGGUGGGACCGAACUCCACAUUCGAGAAGGGGCAGCCUGCGGGCGCGGGGCCUGAGCUGCCGCUCGCCUCGGUUGGCCGAGAGACCGGCAGCCCCACUGCAGGUCCGGGUCCCUGACAUUCUCUGGCACCGAGGGCUGGGAUCAGACAUUCCCAGCUGCACUCACUGAACAGUGAUUUUUUUUUUUUCUUUUCCCUCCCUGAAUUCUUUAGCUGCCAAAAGGGGGGGAAAAAUCAAGAGCUGCGCUUUUAAGCGAAGUUGCCCUUGCUGGUGUUCAGGGUAAAAAUAGAGGCGGCCACUUGGACCAGCUUGGCCCUGAGUCCAGGCGUCCCGCGAGCCGGGCUGGAGCUGCGCAUUCGGGAGUGAUCCCUGGAAACUGCCAGCAGGUGCUGCUCAAGUGCCAAUACCAUGAAGAGGAACUCAGACAGCUCUGACCUCAUGAGACAAGAGCCGGCUGGCAAAACAGAAGGGACCCGAAAGAGAAUUUGCUGAAGAGGAGAAGGAAAAAAAAAGUCCAAAAAACCUGUACGUGAGGGGUGGGGAGGAAAAGCAGGGCCUUUAAAGAAGGCAACCACACGACUUUUGCUGCCAGGAUGCCCUUGCUUUGGCUGAGAGGAUUUCUGUUGGCAAGUUGCUGGAUUAUAGUGAGGAGUUCCCCCACCCCAGGAUCCGAGGGGCACGGCGCAGCCCCGGACUGCCCGUCCUGUGCGCUGGCCACCCUUCCGAAGGAUGGACCUAACUCUCAGCCAGAGAUGGUAGAGGCUGUCAAGAAGCACAUCUUAAACAUGCUGCACUUGAAGAAGAGACCCGAUGUCACCCAGCCGGUACCCAAGGCGGCGCUUCUCAACGCGAUCAGAAAGCUUCAUGUGGGUAAAGUGGGGGAAAACGGGUAUGUGGAGAUAGAGGACGACAUUGGCAGGAGGGCCGAAAUGAAUGAACUCAUGGAGCAGACCUCGGAGAUCAUCACCUUUGCCGAGUCAGGCACAGCCAGGAAGACACUGCAUUUUGAGAUUUCCAAGGAAGGCAGUGACCUGUCAGUCGUGGAGCGUGCAGAAGUCUGGCUCUUCCUGAAAGUCCCCAAGGCCAACAGGACCAGGACCAAAGUCACCAUCCGUCUGUUUCAGCAGCAGAAGCAUCCACAGGGCAGCUUGGACAUGGGGGAUGAGGCCGAGGAAAUGGGCUUGAAGGGGGAGAGGAGUGAACUGUUGCUAUCAGAGAAAGUGGUAGAUGCUCGGAAGAGUACUUGGCACAUCUUCCCAGUGUCUAGCAGCAUCCAGCGCCUGCUGGACCAGGGGAAGAGUUCCCUGGAUGUGCGGAUUGCUUGUGAACAGUGCCAGGAGAGCGGUGCCAGCCUAGUGCUCCUGGGCAAGAAGAAGAAGAAAGAGGUGGAUGGAGACGGGAAGAAGAAAGACGGAAGUGACGGAGGGCUGGAAGAGGAAAAAGAACAGUCACACAGACCUUUCCUCAUGCUGCAGGCUAGGCAGUCUGAAGACCAUCCUCACCGCAGGCGUAGGCGGGGCUUGGAGUGUGAUGGCAAGGUCAACAUUUGCUGUAAGAAACAGUUCUUUGUCAGCUUCAAGGAUAUUGGCUGGAAUGACUGGAUCAUUGCUCCCUCUGGCUAUCAUGCCAACUAUUGUGAGGGUGAGUGCCCGAGCCACAUAGCAGGCACCUCUGGGUCCUCACUCUCCUUCCACUCAACAGUCAUUAACCACUACCGCAUGAGGGGUCACAGCCCCUUUGCCAACCUUAAGUCAUGCUGUGUGCCCACCAAGCUGAGACCCAUGUCCAUGCUGUAUUAUGAUGAUGGUCAAAACAUUAUCAAAAAGGACAUUCAGAACAUGAUUGUGGAGGAGUGUGGCUGCUCCUAGAGUUGCCAGGUCCCAGAGCAAAUGGAUCUAGGGUGUCCAGAAAAGACAGUGGCAAAUGAAGAAAAAAUAUAUAAGAUUUCUGAACUAAACAAGACAACCAGAAAAAUAGAAAUAAUAGUAAUAAAAAAAAACCCACAAAAAAAAAACUAAACUGAAAACAAGACCUAAUGAAACAGAUGAAGGAAGAUGUGGAAAAAUAUCCUAAGGCAGGGCUCAGAGAUGAAGCAGUGAAGGAGACAGGGAUUUGGGGGAGAAGAGAGAAUGGUGUACCCUUCAUUUCUUCCAAAACCAAACUGAUUGCAUCAGUUUCAUCCAAACUGGGUAUUGUCCUCUCUCCUGCCUCUUGCAGUCCCCGUGCGAGCCUGGAAGUCUACUUGUCUAUUCUGCAGUAAUGUGGGUUAGCACAACCCAAAUAACGUCUAGAAAGCCAUGCGUUUUAAAGGGCCAGUCCCACCCAGUUACCCAGGUCAUAAGUAUGCCUAUGUGACACUAUCUCUAUGUAUUUCAACACACGCGCACACACACACACACACACACACACACACACACACACACACACACACGUACAUACACACACACGUACAUACACACAGACACAGAGGCAUUUCCACACACCACAUGCAUACACAUACCAGUAAAAGGACAAUUCUGUGCAGGUGGUCACAUUUUCUUUUCUGUACCACUUUUGCCACCAGACAAAACCACCAUAAAACAUUGAGAACAAGAAUGGAAAGAGUGAAAGACCAAGGUAAAAAGAAUACCAAGUUACAUUUCGUUAAGGUGCUUAUGAUCUUAGAACUAUGCAACCUAAUAGGUUUGAAACUGUUUACCUGAAAGAGGACAAAAAGAGAGACUUUUUUGUAUUGGAAGUAACCUGAUUAAUUUUUAUUUUCUUCAAGGAGAGAUACUUGAAAGGAAUAUGUUUGUCCAUCUGUUGGAUUCAAACAUUUCUAUAUUUUGUAAAUGUUGUUUUUUUAUCGUUUACUAUUUGCACUACAAUGGUGUUUGACCUGUCUAAUCCUUAUUUAACAAGUAUUUUCUUUGGGUGGGGGUGGGGGUGGGGUUUAAGAGCUGCACUUCAUGUGAGCUAUAAAAGAACUGCUACAGCACACAAAAUAGCUAUUUUUAUUAUUAUAAUUAUAAUUAUUAUUAUUAUUAUUUUGUACCUUAAAAAUAGACACAUACACCAAAGACAUUUGUGUGAGCCUUUAAACAGUCUGUCUGUGGUUGGUAUCGUUCACCAUCGAUGAGUCAGGGGUACAGAUGUAAGGUUGAGUUAAGUGGAUUGUGUUCAGGCUUAAAAGACCUGAGAGGUUUGGGUUUGACUCUUUUACAUCCAUGAAACAGGACUUUUCAUACUGGAUGUACAGUAGUGUACACUGUUGGAUUAUCAAGUUCAAAUUGAUGAGACUACAUGCUUGUAUGUGUAUAUAUACAUUGCUUGUGCAUAUGCAUACCUGUGUGUAUAUAUACAUGUAUUGUACCAUGUCCAUACACAUUUUAAGCACUUCAGGCUGUCAUUUUUAAAAUGUUCUUAAAACAAUGAAUGUUUGUGUGCAAAACACAGUAUUUUUAAGAAGGAUAAGUGAUAGAUUUUUUUCUUGCUUUUACUCUGUAUUACGUGGGUACAUUUCAAAUAUUAGGAUGGGGAAGAGACUGAAAAUCCCAAUGAGUAUCCAGCCAGGCCCUCUAUAAAUGUACAGGAUGAAAUCCCCCUCUUUCUCACCCCUGCUCCCUACAAGUUAUCCCCUGUGGGGAAAAAUGGGAUGUUACUUUAAAAAACGGGCUGAUUUUUUUUCAACUUAUAUUUAUUAUUUAUUGGAAUCAAUCUUAAAUCAGAAACGUUUUUGGAAAAAAUUGUUAGGCUAGAAUAAUUUUUUUGAAUAGUGUGGUUACUACUUAAAUAAUAAAAGAAACAGGAACGUAUUUAAGACAGCGGGAGUCAUGGAAGAGAGCGCUUAGGAGCCAGGGAGUGGGGUAGUUGUACAAAUCUCUAAUAUUCUAUUUUACAGCCAAAAAUCUUGAUGUGUACAUUUGUAUUUUUCAGAGGCAAAACUGAAAGGAUUGUCUUAUAAAGAUCAAAAUAACACCUAACCCAAGUUUCUAAUUUAGCCCAGUGUUUGCUUGUUUAAAAGAACUAAAAAAUUAUUCAUUUAUGUAUUUAAAAUUACAGAGCCAUAUUUUUAUGGAAUUGUUUGAAAUUCGAAAAACUUUAUAAAAGUGAAAAACUCUAAUUAAAAAAACUAUAUUCCUCAGUAUUUUAUAAAAUAUUGAAGCUUUUAGCAUUAAGUCAGUCCAUAGAAUAAAGUCAUUGCAGGAAAAUGAAAUACAAGGGAGAAAUUAAAUCUUUCAAAAGCUGAUUUAAUUCUUAAAUAUAAACUAACUCAAUAUGUAUUAAAUAUCCUGUCAACAUACUUUAUCACAUUAGGCUGUAUGUAGGCAAACUACUUUAGUCUUGUUACUGGGCAAACAUAUUUACUGUGUUCCAGGGCCCUCCCUGUCUUAUGCAGGAAAUGCUUGUACUGCCUAAGAAAUGGAUUAUAAUUAAGGUCUAAUGACCUCAGAGAUCUCCCAUCUGGGGACAGAUGGCAUGGUGAGGACACAUUGAGGGGAGGUAGAUGUCCAGGUUCAGCUUUGCCAAUUCUUAUGAAAAAAAAACUUUAGGGCCCUCUGAACUGUUUCUUUGGCACUGGAGCCUAUAGAAAUAGUGGGCAGAGAUCUAACUGUGCCACAGCAGAGAAGAUCUUGACCAUGGGAAUAGCAGGAUUUGUGAAACUACUAAUUAUAGUUCUCAUUCACCUGAGACGAAUGUGCAAUCUUCUUAAGUCCUUUAAAUUCUAGAUGUUUUGGAAGUAAGCUUGGGCUUAAUUAGUAACUGUAGUAACUAAAUCUAGAAAGAAAUGGAAUUCCACAAGACAGUGUAUUUACUGGAGGUCAAAUGACUUGGUUGUCACAUAAACUUCAUCGGAGCUCAUCAAAUUUGUAUGGCCUUGCAAUAGAAUUUAAAUGCUAAUAUUUAAACAAUAUUAGAUAUUAUUUUGCUAUAGCUAACAAUUUAGAAGACACAGAGUCUUGUGAACAACUGGUCUUUUUACAUAAGUGCUUAGUCCAAAAUUUGAAAAGCUUUUAUGCUUAAGAUAUUAGUUUCUUCAUGCUGUGCUUUCCCUAGAGUUAGAGUGGCUCUGACUGGUCUCCCCGCUUUCUCAAGGAUAAUUCUUAAACACCUGCCCACACGAAUUCUAGAUGCUUUGAAGGGCAUUUAUAGUCAGUACCUCUUUAAACAUUAAAUACUUGUAAACUCAAUUGACACUUUUCCUUCCCAAAAUAAGUCAAAUUUCAGCACAACGAUGGGGAUGUUCUUAUCCUAGAGGACUAGCCAAUAUCAUGUUCAUUUAAGAUUGAUUCCACACUCUAUUUUCAGGGAGAGACCUUGUGUUUUCUUAAAAGGCAGAAUAAGCAAAAUUGGGUGAUUUGCCAGACUGAAUUCAAGAAGUGACUUUAUGACUUCCGAACAAACAUGCCACAGUUAUAGAAAUGUGCAUUGAAAUGAUUGUGUCACUUGAAAAGUUUGAUUUCCUGUGGGUCUUUUGGCAAUUUCUCUUUUUAAUAUAGAAAAAAAAACCAUAAUCACCCCCAAACCCGCUUAAGUGAGACUUGUAGAUGUGGGCAGGAGGUUUGGGGAUGGACAUUGUAUGUGUUUAAAUUAAACUCUACAUCACCGAGAAGCUAUUGGAUGGGUUAGAGAUAAUGAAUGCAUAGAUGCUGUUCACAUCUUCAAGAGCAAAAGCAAAUCACAUGUCUCAGCUAUAUUAUUUAUUUUUAUGCAUAAAGUGAAUAAUUUCUUCUGUAUUAAUCUUCAGUGGGUCUUACCCUCUAUUUAAAUGCUUUGAAAAACAGUGCAUUGACAAUGGUUGAUAUUUUUCUUUAAAAGAAAAAUAUAAUUAUGAAAGCCAAGAUAAUCUGAAUCUGUUUUGUUCUAAAACCUUUUAUGUUAUGUGGUUGAUGUUGUUUGUUUGUUUUUUUUAUUUUUAUUUUGUGAGUUCCCUUGCAUACUUCAUGCAAUUCCUUAACCGAUGUCUGUUUGGCUAAUGUAAUUAAAGUUGUUAAUUUAUAUGAGUGCAUUUCAACUAUGUCAAUGGUUUCUUAAUAUUUAUUUUGUAGAAGUGCUGGUAAUUUUUUAUUUACGAUAUGUUUAAAGAGAUAAUGGUUGGAUAUGUUUUCAUGUGUUUAUAGCAGAAGUUAUUUAUUUCUAUUCCAUUCCAGCAGAUACUCCGGUGUUUGCGAGGCAUGCAGUCAAUAUUUUGUACAGUUAGUAGACAGUAUUCAGCAAUGCCCGAUAGCUUCUUUGGCCUUAUGUUAAAUAAAAAGACCUGUUUGGGAUGUA